UGUCAAAAAUCUGGCGGCAGGUAUAUUUGAGCUGACAUCUAGAUUCUUAAACUCUGAGGGGAUGAACAAUUUGUUAAAUUAGAAGCCCAUCUUCCAAAAGGGGAAAUUCAAAAACUUGAUCGAUCUACAAUUGGGUUCAUUAAGCAAUCUACGGUAAUCCUGAUCAUCCUGAGUAUACUCAUUGUUGUAUUCCAUGGUCUCAAAGAGGGUCAGACUAAGGAAGAUGAGAAAAUGAUCAUCGGAAAUGUGAUAUUCACUAUUGCAUCACUUUUAGCAUGUUUCCUGAUCUCUUAUUUUCCUGAUUAUGUCAAGUUCUAUAUGGUUAUAAGUUGAUCUUGCGGUCUGAUUAUGAUCGAUUGGCUAUUUGCUAGCUAUCAUGAAGGCCAUUUUAACUCUUAUGUUUCUUGUGCCUAUUGUUAUUGCUAUUUCACAGCUAUACUCACUCCAUCAAAGAAGCAUCUGAACAUAUUAGUGUUUGCUGUUAGUGUAUUUGGGUAUCUCUAUCAAUCAUAUUGCCAAAUUGGUUCAUUAGAUAGUGCUAUGAUUCUUUCUUCUCUCACUUCACUGGUUUAUUUCUAUUUUGGUCUCAACAUAAUCCAUUACAAACUCAAAAUUAUGUAUGAAAUAAUCCUUAAAAAUGAAAGAUUAGUGAAGGAAAAGGAGAAAGUGGUGAUAGAAUUUCCUCAUCCAGUACUAAUUCUCCCAGAAAAUGGCACAAAAUCAUUUGAAUGCUACUCAAAUUCUGAGUUUGAAUCUAAAAUUAGUUCUCUCAAGCAUAAGAUAGAGAAUCUGACUAAGAUUGAAGUAUCUAUCAAAAAGGAUCAAAACCAAGAACAUUUGGAAUCUAAAUUAAGUCUUUUAGAGUAUUUAGCAGAGCAGCAAAAGCAUAUCAAGAAUGCAGAUAACAAGAGAGAUUUUGUCAAAAAUCUUGAUAAUUUGGAAAGGUCUUUUCUUAGAGAAUGAGUCAUUCCAGUCUCAAACGAUAAAACAGGUAACAUUGCAAACAGAAACUUCAAUAUAAAGUCGCUAAAAAUUGAAUGGAAAGGCCAUCCAUCUUUCAUGCAUGUCUUUAUUGACCAUACCGAUAUUAUCAAAUUGGAGCAAGCAAAGAAUAGAAUAAAAAUGCAGAGGAUUAUGUUUGCAAGUGCAAGCCAUGAAUUUAGAACGCCCCUUAAUUGCAUUAUAAACUCCUAUGAAUUCAUAAAAGAGAGCUUUCAAGAAUUGAUCAGUAUUAUUGAGAAUACAAUACCUGAGAGGAUCCAGCAAAGUCUAGAAUUUCAGAAUUGCAUAAUCACGAUACAACAAUUCACUAAAAAUGGGAGAACUUCGUCGAUUCUUUUGCUCUCUCUGGUCGAAGAUAUCUUGAAUUUGUCAAAAAUAGAUAACGGGACUUUCAUGACCAACUAUGAAGACUUCAAUGUAUUCAAAUUACUCAAGGAAGUUCAACCUCUGUUUAUUGUUCAGUGCCAAAGUAAAGGUGUUGAAUUGGAAAUCCAAUGAGAGCAAGGACUCAAAUGUUGAGAAGUUAACUCUGACCGUAAUAGAAUUAGACAAGUGCUAUUGAACUUGAUUUCCAAUUCUUCUAAAUUUACUUUUAGAGGAAAUAUUAUAGUCAGGGCCAAGAUGAUCAAGACUAUUGAGGGAGAUAGCUAUAUUGAAUUUAGUGUAGAAGAUACUGGUACUGGAAUUAAGAAGGAAGAUCAAGAGAAUAUCUUUACAUUGUUCGGAGUUAUUGAGACAAAUAACAAUCUAAAUCCAACUGGAUGUGGCCUUGGACUCACAAUUAGCAAGAAAUAUGUUGAAACUUUGGGAGGAAAAAUAAUAGUAGAAUCAGUUUAUGGAGAAGGAACCAGAAUGAUUUUCACUAUUCUCCUUUCAGGUCCAAAAAUUCGGAAUAAAUUAUCUUCCGCUUUCCUUCUCUCCGAAGAAUCUUCUGAAUCACUCUCACCUCUCUUGACUGAUGAAUACUCAAACUUGUCAAUCCCCUUGCAGUCUCUGAGGAGAUGCAACAAAUAUCAAUUCUUGACUUCAUCGUAAAAGCUCAU